AUGACUAUCCCCGAGGAGGUCGACAUCAUCAUCUGCGGCGGCGGCAGUUCGGGCUGCGUCCCUGCUGGCCGCCUCGCCAACCUCGACCACAACCUCUCCGUGCUGCUGAUCGAGGCCGGCGAGAACAACUUGAAUAACCCAUGGGUCUACCGCCCCGGUAUCUACCCCGUCAACAUGAAGCUCGACUCCAAGACCGCCUCGUUCUACCACUCGCGGCCGUCCGAGCACCUUGACGGGCGUCAGGCUAUUGUCCCUUGCGCAAACAUUCUCGGUGGCGGUAGCUCCAUCAACUUCAUGAUGUACACCCGAGCAUCAGCCUCCGACUACGACGACUUCCAGGCCAAGGGCUGGACGACCGAGGAGCUGAUCCCUCUGAUGAAGAAACACGAGACGUACCAGCGCGCCUGCAACAACCCGGAGAUCCAUGGCGACUCGGGACCCAUCAAGGUCUCUUUCGGCAACUAUACCUACCCGAUUGCGCAGGAUUUCCUCCGUGCAGCCGAGUCUCAAGGCAUUCCCGUCACGGAUGACCUGCAAGACUUGAAGACGGGUCAUGGAGCAGAGCACUGGCUAAAGUGGAUCAACCGAGACACCGGACGCCGAAGCGACGCAGCCCACGCCUACGUCCACAGCACUCGCGCCAAAUACUCCAACCUGCACCUCCAAUGCAACACCAAAGUCGACAAGGUCAUCAUCGAAGACGGCCGCGCCGUCGGCGUCGUCACCGUCCCAACCAAGCCCCUCGACGGCAAGGAGCCCCAGCGCCGCAUCUUCCGCGCCCGCAAGCAGAUCAUCGUCAGCGGCGGCACCCUCUCCUCCCCUCUCAUCCUGCAGCGCUCCGGAGUCGGUGACUCGGAGAAGCUCCGCCGCGCAGGCGUCAAGCCCAUCGUGCACCUCCCCGGCGUGGGCCGCAACUUCCAGGACCACUACCUGACCUUCUCGACGUACCGAGCCAAGCCGGACGUCGAGACCUUCGACGACUUCCUCCGUGGAGACCCCAAGGUGCAGAAGCGCGUGUUCCAGGAGUGGAACAUCAAGGGGACUGGUCCCCUGGCAACGAACGGUAUCGACGCAGGCGUGAAGAUCCGCCCGACGCAGCAGGAACUCGACGAGUUCAAGAAGUGGCCGACCCCCGACUUCGUCGAUGGCUGGGAGACGUACUUUAAGAACAAGCCGGAUAAGCCGGUGAUGCACUACUCUGUUAUCUCUGGCUGGUUCGGCGACCACAUGCUCAUGCCCCCGGGGAAGUUCUUCACCAUGUUCCACUUCCUCGAGUACCCGUUCUCCCGCGGCAGCACGCACAUCACCUCCGCAGACCCCUACGAGGUCCCGGACUUCGACGCCGGCUUCAUGAACGACAAGCGCGACAUGGCCGCCAUGGUCUGGGGCUACAUCAAGUCGCGCGAGACCGCGCGCCGCAUGUCCUCGUACGCCGGCGAGGUCACCAGCAUGCACCCGCACUUCGCGUACAACUCCAAGGUGCGCUCCGAGGACAUGGAUCUCGCCACCACAAAAGCAUACGCAGGGCCAAACCACUUAAGCGCGGGUAUCCAACACGGCUCCUGGUCCCACCCCCUAACACCAGGAAAAGACCCCAAACCCAGCACGCUCAACAGCAACGCCUUCGCGUCCCGCAGCGAACUAGACUACAGCCGCGAGGACAUCGCGCACAUCGAGAAAUGGGUCGAGCGCCACGUCGAAACAACCUGGCACUCGCUGGGGACGUGCAGCAUGGCGCCGCGCGAGGGGUCGAACAUCGCGCCGCACGGCGGCGUCGUCGACGAGCGAUUGAAUGUCCACGGCGUCAAGGGGCUGAAGGUCUGCGAUCUCUCGAUCUGCCCGGAUAACGUUGGCUGCAAUACGUUUAGCACGGCGCUGCUGAUUGGCGAGAAGUGUGCGGUGCUUACGGCGGAGGAUCUGGGGUACUCUGGGGAUGCGCUGAAGAUGGAGGUUCCGGAGUAUCAUGCGCCGGGGGAGGUUGUGAAUUUGGCGAGGCUGUAG